GUAGAAGCAUUACAUUAAGGAUUGUUGUUUAGAAAAAAGACGGUGAAAUUAGUGAUCGGAAGAGAAAACAAGCAGAAUAAGAAAAUGGGUGAAUCAAAACCCAAUUUUGAAAUAGGGCAAAGAGUUCAUUCAGUGGGAGAUACUCGGAGAAUUGGAACAGUGAAGUAUGUGGGAUCAGUAGAAGGCUAUUCUGGGAAUUGGGUUGGUGUUGAUUGGGAUAAUGGAGAUGGCAAACAUGAUGGCUCUUUCAAUGGAGUUCGAUAUUUUCAAGCAACAUUGCAGAAAUCUGCUUCUUUUGUCCGACCCCAGAAUUUGUCUUCUGGUAUUACAAUGUUGGAAGCUCUCAUGCUUCGAUAUCGGGGCGAAACAACCAAAGAAGAAGAAGAUGAAAUGUAUGUCCUUUCAGCAAGCAACAAAAAAGUGUCUAUUCAGCUUGUUGGGAAAGACAAGAUUCAAAAUAAGCUGAGCUUCUUGGAAGAGUUAUCUGGUGCCUCAAUAGCUUAUCACGGGGUUAGUUCUGCUGGAAUUCCAUCUGAAAUCAGUUCAAUUGUACCCAACCUGAAGGAGCUUGAUUUAACUGGAAAUCUGCUUUCAAACUGGAAGGAUGUUGCUGCUGUCAGUCAAGAGCUAGCAGGCCUUUCAGCUAUAAAUUUGUCUAACAAUAUGCUGUCGCUGGAUGUGACUGGCCUACCAAUCCUAAGAAACAUCCGGGUUUUGGUACUGAAUUAUACUGGUAUUAAAUGGACACAGAUUGACUUGCUGAAAGACUUGUUACCGUCCUUAGAAGAAUUACAUCUGAGGGGGAAUACAAUUAGUGAAAUUACGCUAACUUCAGAAUCUGCUAAAGGGUUUGGUUCUUUGCACAUUCUGAAUUUAGAAGAAAAUUGUAUAUCUGAGUGGGGUGAGGUUUUGAAGCUAUCAGAGCUACCUAGCUUGGAGCAGCUUCAUUUAAGCAAGAACAGUAUAAGCAGAGUAUUUUACCCAUUUAAGGACUCUAUGGACACAUCCAUCAGCAAUGAAGCCUUUCAAAAUUUGCGUUGCCUUUUUUUAGGUGCUAACAGCAUUGCGGAUCUGGAGUCUAUUGAUUCACUAAAUUUUUUCCCUAGACUAUCCGAUGUUAGGCUCUCUGAGAAUCCCGUAGCUGAUCCUGGACAAGGUGGAAUACCAAGGUUUGGUUUGAUUGCACGUCUAGCAAAAGUUGAAGUACUAAAUGGAAGUGAGGUGAGUCGUCGCGAAAGAAAGGAGUCUGAGAUCCGGUAUGUUCGUUUAGUUAUGUCAAAGCUGCAUGACAAUCAAGAGGAGAUUAAGCGUUGCCAUCCCCGCUUUAAUGAGCUCAAGAGUCUGCAUGGUUUAGAAGAUGAGAGGCCAUCUAAUGGAGCGACGGGCCCUCAAAAAUUGAGCUCUGGGCUUCUUACCAUCACACUGAAGUGUGUCGGGGCAUCAAUGGGGGAGAAGCCACCAUUGACUAAGAAGUUGCCUUCUACAACAACUGUUGGCAAGCUGAAGAUUCUUUGUGAGACAUUCUUCAAACUGAAGUCCAUCAAACUAAAACUGUUUCUACAAGAUGAGGGUUCUCCAUUACCAUUACUUCUUGACAAUGAAAUGGAAUCUUUGCUGGAUGUUGGAGUUGGAAAUGAAUCAACAAUUCUUGUUGAUGAAGCGACAUAGCAUUUGUAACUAAAUUUGACCAGAAACCGCGGUGCAGAAGUUGUUUCAUACAGUUUCCGCUGCAACAGUUUCCCUGCACUGUUGGAUGUUGGUAUUUUUGUUCAUCUUGGCAAAAAGUAAAUUUUGCUGGCAUAUAUGAUGGUUUUAGACUGAACACUGGAAACGGACCAUGGCUGCUGCAUACUGUAACGAUUUUGGGGACGAAGUACUUUUUUCUUGGGGGUCUUAGCUUAUGCUGUUUUAUUCUCUUGCAAUUUCGGGAGUGUGGCUAUGUUAAUCAGGUUUACCAUGUGAUGAAGCCCCUUGCUUCUCGUGAAUAUUAGAUGUACUCUCGUUUGCUUACGGAGAUGAGAUGAAGCGCAAAUAGAACUGAUUCGUGAACAUGGUAUCUGUAUGUUUUAUCUGAUGAUAUAUGCUAAUAUACACGGAGCAGAUGUAUUUGUGUCUGCAUUGUUUGAUUUCGGGCAGUCAAUCCAAUUAAGGCUACAAAAUUUUGUUUACGAUAUUCAGAUAUUAUGAUGAAAAUCGACUUUCAAACUUGCUGUUGCUCUGAAUGUUUGGAACAGUAUUACUUGAAAUGUAGAGUAUGUAGUGUGGGCAAAAGGCAUUACAAGAUUCGGAAGGGAAAUUAAUUGCUGAUUUUGUUAAUUACAAAGUUGUGUAUUAUUAGAUAUGCAGAAUAUAACUUUGUUUAUUCCUUUGAAAUAAAAACAAUUUUGUUUAUGGUCUCAUGAA